AUGCGCCCCGGUCUUCAGCUCGUCACGUGCCCGACGGAUUCGGGCUACCGCGACCGUAUCUUCCUCCCCAUCGGCAGCCUCGCGCUCCUCGAGGGCACCGCGCUCGACCCUUAUGGACGCGACCCCUCCCUUCCCAAGGCGCUCUGUGUAUUUUUUCUCAGCGGCGACGCGCACGAGUCCAUGUCGGUGACGAGCGUGAGCGACGAUGCUCGACUCGCGGUGAGAUCCCUGGACGAUGAGUGGGGCGAGCGACGCAGGGUGCUGGCGAAGGGGGGAGACUCCGAGGUUCUCGGCUUCGGCGACUUCGUGGAGUUCGCGUGUGACGAGGAUCCCAUGCUGUCCACGUGGGUUUACCAGUACGUGCACUUCUCCGACCGAUGCGGCGCUUGCGAAGGGUGCGUUCACGGCGGAAAGUGCUUCGAUUCGACCCCCCUUCCGCCUUCGCCGUUCCUCGCGCCGUCUCCGCCGUGGCUUCCCAGGCUCUCCUUCGAUCUGACUUUCCUCGAGAACGAGAACCGAACCGCGAGCAUAAGCGUGCAACUCGUCAAAGGCCAACCCCGACUCAUGCGAUGGGCCGACGGCGGGACGUCGGUGGUGUUCACGUACGGAGGGAGCGACGCGUUGUGGCUCCUUUGCCUCGGCGAUUCCCCCGUGGUGCUGCACGACAAGAGCGCUAUCGGGGGAACUUCUCGCGUCGUGCCGAGAAACUCUCAGUCCAAGAUCGACCCCGACACGAUCCUCGAGCUUCAGCCGGGGUUCAAGUGCGAGUUGCGCGACGUCGCCAUCGACUGGGCACCGAGAGAAGACACCGGCGGCGACGUUCGUGACACGAACCCCCGGCGUCAGGAUACCAACCCUCCAAAGAAGGACGGUCGAAGGCGAUGCGGCGCGUGCGAAGGGUGCGUUCACGGGGGAAAGUGCCUCGUCAUACAGGCCAAGUGGCGGCGGAUCAAAGAACAGAAGGAGGAGACACGAAAACGACGGAGGGAGACGAACGGCGGCGGCAGCGACAGCGAGGCUUCGGAAAACGAGGACCCGGACGACCCCGAGGAGGUCGCCGCCGCGGAGAUGCACCACGCUGAGGCCACGGGCACCCUGUGCGCGGCGGGUCUCCCGGGUCUCGCCCACUUCCGGGGCGUGGUGUGCUCCAUCGAGCUCCGAAACCAGCGCGCGGGGAUCAUCGAGCGGACGCGCGCGAUGAAGAGGAAGCUGCUUCGGGACUUCGCGAUCGACUACGCGAUCGGUGGCCGCAUCGGCGGCGAGAACGAAAAGGCGACGGUAAAGGUGGAAUCCUCGCCGGCGUCUUUUUCGAUCAAGGCCGAUGACGAGCCCCUCGGCGUCCUCGCGAACGCGGCGAUCGAGGAGGUGAGCACGAAAAUCUCGAGGUACGGGGACGAGGACUUCCCCAUCGAAUUGAAUUGA